AAUAGAGAGAGAAAGAAAGAGUGAGAGAAAAAGAGAGCGAAAGAGAGAGAGAGAGGAGCCGGACAGACAGACAGAGAAUGUUGUGAGGAACGGGAGAGCGAGAGGGUGAGAUAUUAAGAACAGUGAACAGUCGUCAUUCACAAAUUUUCAAUGGACGGACAUACAACGUCUGAUUAUAACUCAACCGUCGAACCGUUUGAUUUAGAAAUUGGAGGACUAUGUACCAUUUUUGAGGAAAAUCCACACUAUUGUGAUAUUAUAAUAGCUGUCCGACGGGCGACUGCUUGCAUUUCACUGAUAGGAUGUUUAUUUAUGAUUUCAGUAAUGUGGCUGUUUCGACGUUAUCUGGCAUUAGCCCAGAGACUUAUACUUUAUCUUAGUAUUGGAGCAUUAUUGGACUGUGUAGCCUACCUAAUGGGAGGCUUGCAUCCAGAUGGACCACUUUGUAAUUUUCAAGGAUUUUGGCUGACAUAUUUUGACUGGACAGUAUUGUUAUGGGUGAGCUGUAUAACUUUCAAUUUAUAUAUGAAUGUGGUUCGAGCAACAGAAACUGAAAAGUUUGAAUGGGUUUACCAUUUAGUCUGUUGUCUGUUACCAUUGUUAAUGUCAUCUUUGCCUUUUAUUGGGGAUAACUAUGGACCUGCUGGUGCUUGGUGCUGGAUCGUUGAAAACUGGAAGUGGAGAGUUGGCAUCUGGUAUGGACCAUUAUUUGCAAUUAUUGCCCUCCUGUUUGUCACCUACAUCUAUAUUGUGAUCACUCUUUCAAGAAAGGCAUCAACUUGGGAAGGCACUUAUGAUCCUGACACUGAAAGGAAUAAGCAAAUGCUGAAAGAAGACAUAAAGCCUUUAAGGGGCUAUCCCUUUGUUUACUUAGCAGUUUCCAUUUUUCCAUUGGUGAAUAGAAUUCAAAAUGCCAUCAGCAGUGGGAAUCCUGUUUUUACAUUAGUUCUACUUGCAUCAAUUUCCAGUCCUUUACAUGGUGCUCUAAAUGCUAUUGUGUUUGGAAUGGACAGAAGCAUAUUUCAACAACUUACACCUUCACAAAUAAAGGUAGCUGUUCAGAGCCAUUUUUAUCGAGGCCAAGAGAUUCGAGAAUACCCAGUUACUUAUCGAUCAAGUGAUAUAUAUGGACACACAAGUCAAGAUUUUCAAGUACCACGAUAUAAUCAUGUGUCUUAUUCAAAACUCUGCUAAUUUUAAUAUAUUUCUGUAAAACAGUUCACUCACUAUAUACUGUGAUGUUAAUACAUUCCCUAAACAUGGAUUUGUUUAUGAGGACAGGAGAGUCUCACAGUAUAACUUGAAUUUGAUUACUCAUUAUGUGUGUGUGUGUAUGUGUUUGGCUAGGGCUGUAUAUAUGUAUGAAUGGGUGUCUAUGUAUGUGCAUAUAUGUGUGUGUGUAUGUGUAUAUAUAUAUACACACAUACAUACAUUUGUGUGUGUGUGUGUAUGUAUAUAUAUAUAUAUGCACAUGCAAACAGGUUUGUUUGUGUUUAUUUUGCCAAACAACCAUAACUGCGUGCAUUAGACCAUUACAUGAUAAAUGUAUAUCAUAAAACUCUUGUGUACACUGACACACACGCGCAUGCAUGCACGCAUACACAUACACACACAUAUACAUCCACUCAUGCAUACAUACUUACAUACACUCACAUUUAAAUAAUUGCUUGCAUGGACUUAUGUGCACAAUUACAUAUGGACACAUAUUUUCAAGAUCUUCAAUUAAAGUUUAAUUCAGAUCUAAUUAAACAGUAUUUAUAUUUCAAUUAAUAAAUUAGCACCAAAGUUAUCAAAUAUUCUCAACAAGAAGGAGAAUCUGUAUUUGUACAUAUGUAUGAGUGUAUGCAUGGGAAAGGGGGUGUUGCUGACAUAAUUGUUCUUCAUUGGCACUAGCCUUUUCUUCAUCAGUUCAAUCUUACUCUCACAACAUGCAAAAUUAAAGAGAAGCAUAUCUUUUUCAGGAAAAGUCUUAUUUCCAACAUUAGCAAUUCUGCUUUAACAGAAUUAAUUAUCUACUAAUCAGAUGUGGUUCUUGAUAGAUUGCUGAUGUAUUUGAAGAGCAAAUAUACUUGGAGUGAUUUCCCUCAUUGAUUGAAACGAACAAAACAGCAGUGUCUCUGUUUGACUUGUACAAAUAUUUCUUUUGUGUUUUUACUUCAUUCAAAAGACAACAGAAAUUAUUGCCUUGCCUCCUACGGGAAACACAUUGACAAUGACUAAAUUUAACGGUUAGGUAGUCGCUUGAAUGAAACUUAAAUGCUAUCUUUGCAUUUUUCUAAAAACAAAUACUGUUCAUUUAACCUCAAAAUAUUUAGUAGAGAUGUGAAAUAAAUGCAAAUGCUGAAAGUUUUACAUUUAAAUGUAAAACCCUGAAGAUUCUUUUGUAUAAGGAUAUAUUUCUAGCCUUGCUCUAAAUAAUUUUUGGGUUACAAAAACAGUGAAGAGAACUGAAAGACAUUCAGUUUCAACCAGAACAGUGUUUUUUUCAAACUGUUUAUGUAUCAGUCAGUUUCCAGCAUAAAUCAACUUGUUGCAUGAAUCUGACUGUUAGUGUACGUGGAAAAUUUUGUAACACACAAUGAGUAUAUGAAUUUUAUA